GGUACGUGUACAAGGCGGCGAGCGAGGGGCGAGUGCUGACCUUGGCCGCGCUGCUCCUCAACCGCUCCGAGAGUGACAUCAAGUACCUGCUGGGCUACGUCAGCCAGCACGGCGGGCAGCGCUCCACUCCGCUCAUCAUCGCCGCCCGCAACGGCCACACCAAGGUGGUCCGCCUGCUCCUCGAGCACUACCGCGUGCAAACCCAGCAGACCGGCACGGUCCGCUUCGACGGUUUUGUCAUCGAUGGCGCCACGGCUCUGUGGUGCGCGGCAGGAGCUGGCCACUUUGAAGUAGUCAAAUUGCUGGUGAGUCACGGUGCCAAUGUGAAUCACACGACGGUGACCAAUUCGACUCCCCUGAGGGCUGCGUGUUUUGACGGCAGGCUGGACAUUGUGAAAUACCUGGUAGAAAACAACGCCAACAUCAGCAUCGCCAACAAGUACGACAACACUUGCCUUAUGAUCGCGGCUUACAAAGGGCACACGGACGUGGUGAGGUACCUCCUGGAGCAACAUGCUGAUCCCAAUGCCAAAGCCCACUGCGGUGCCACAGCGCUGCACUUUGCGGCCGAAGCCGGCCACUUGGAAAUUGUGAGGGAGCUGGUCAAGUGGAAGGCGGCAAUGAUGGUCAAUGGCCACGGGAUGACUCCGCUGAAGGUUGCGGCCGAGAGCUGCAAAGCUGACGUGGUGGAGCUGCUGCUCGCUCAUGCCGACUGUGACAGGAGGAGCCGGAUUGAAGCGCUGGAACUUCUGGGUGCCUCGUUUGCAAAUGACAGAGAAAACUAUGAUAUAAUGAAGACUUACCACUAUUUAUAUUUAGCAAUGCUGGAGCGGUACCGAGACAGCGAGAAUAUAAUUGAAAAAGAAGUUCUUCCACAAAUAGAAGCUUAUGGGAACAGGACUGAAUGCAGGACUCCUCAGGAAUUAGAGUCUAUUAGGCAGGACAGAGAUGCCCUUCACAUGGAAGGCCUCAUUGUGCGGGAAAGAAUUCUGGGCUCAGACAAUAUCGAUGUUUCUCACCCUAUUAUUUACCGUGGGGCUGUUUAUGCAGAUAACAUGGAGUUUGAACAGUGUAUCAAGCUAUGGCUCCAUGCGUUGCACCUCCGUCAGAAAGGCAACAGGAACACUCAUAAGGACCUCUUGAGGUUUGCCCAAGUCUUUUCUCAGAUGAUACACUUAAACGAGCCUGUUAAAGCCAAGGACAUCGAAAGCGUUCUGAGGUGCAGCGUCUUGGAAAUCGAACAAGGCAUGUCUCGGAUCAAAACCACCCAGGACUCUGACAUCCACACAGCCAUGGACAACUACGAAUGCAACAUCUUCACCUUUCUCUACUUAGUCUGCAUCUCUACCAAGACCCAGUGCAGUGAAGAGGAUCAGUCACGAAUCAACAAGCAGAUUUAUAACCUGAUUCACCUUGAUCCCAGAACUCGGGACGGCUCUAGUUUGCUGCACCACGCUGUCAACUCCAGCACACCGGUGGACGACUUCCACACCAAUGAUGUCUGCAGCUUUCCUAACGCGCUGGUCACAAAACUCUUGCUAGAUUGUGGUGCUGAUGUGAACGCGGUGGACAACGAAGGGAAUAGUCCGCUCCACAUCAUUGUCCAGUACCACAGGCCCAUCAGUGACUUCUUGACAUUGCAUUCCAUCAUCAUUAGCCUGGUGGAGGCUGGUGCUCAUACAGACAUGACAAAUAAGCAGAAGAAAACCCCUCUUGACAAAAGUACAACAGGGGUCUCUGAAAUACUCCUUAAAACUCAAAUGAAGCUGAGUCUCAAGUGCCUGGCUGCCCGAGCAGUACGGAUCUAUAACAUCAGCUACCAAAACCAGAUCCCCAGAACUCUGGAAGAAUUUGUGAAGUUUCAUUAGGCUACAUAAAAUCUUUUCGUGGUGGUGCUAUCCCGGGACGACAUCAAUUGCAGACAGCAGAAUGCAUAAUGUAUACAUGGAGUUGUUUUUCUCUGUUCUUUUGGGUUUGGGUUCCUCUGGAUUCAGUCUGCAGCCUCAGUUCUUGUGCAGAUCUUUAAAGGGGGGGAAAUUAAAAAAAAAAAAAAAAAAAAGCCACAUCGUUUUCCUGUAGUCAGAUCUGAUGUUUGAGAUUUUGGUCAUUUCUUUUGAUUAAAAGAAUUGUUUCGUUAUCUCUUGUUUUUUAUAAACAAAGUGGCAAGAAUCCCAAUGUAACCUGUGCAGAAUGUUUUCUUGCCAAUGCACAUCUCCACUUAAGAUUUGCAGCCGAAUGCUUUAGGUAGUUAUUUACAAAGGUGCCUCUGAAAGUCGGUGUUGCCGUGCCACUGAGGCAGUAGCUUUGCAGAUUUUAAAAACUUUUUGGAGUGAGGUGGGAAAAAAAAAUUGGAAAUUAUGUGGUAGUUGGUUCAAAGUGAAAUGUCAACAUACAGAGCAGUCCGUUGCUCUCAUACCUCACCAUCUUUUUAUGCCUUUUAGUUAAUGCUGAAGAUGUUGGUAACAUUUUAAAUUUUUAAUUUUUUUAAUUAAAUUUCGAACAGCAGUUAUCAACAGCUACAGACAUAUGGAAUGCUCUGUUAGGAAAUACAGGUUUAAAUUCAGCUAUGAUAUGUUCAUCUGGUAAGAGUUGAAAUAUCAAGCUCUUCAUUUACACUACUACAGUAAGUAUUAAAUAACUUUUGAAAAAGGAACUUGCACAUUGACUGAAAUGAAUUGGAGUCAUGGUUUCUUUUUACGUAGCUAAGUUGCUCAUAUAUAAAGAUCAUGCAUGGAUACCUAGAAAAUUUAUAGGGUAUUUGUGUUUUUGUGUGUCCCAACAUUUCAAAAUGCUUUUAACUUGUUUUUUGUUGUUUCAAUGAUCAACGUGCACCUUUUUGACUCAAAGUAUGUAAAACUGCACUCUUGGAUUCCAAAUGCUGUAUCUUCCUAACGGAGUAGUCUGUCGCCAAAGAGAGUCUUCCUUGAAACUGCAAGAAACUGGCUUUUCCAAUAAGUUUGGAGUCUGUGCCUCCCUGAAUUGGACUUGAGGAUUUUUCAUGAUUUUUACUCCUUUCAUUGUGAAAAUCUCUAUGAAACCUGAUUUUUAAAAAAUUGUCCUAUCAUAAGAUCUUUUAUGAUAAGCAACUGAUUGUAUAAUACCGCUGUUGCUUGAGAAAGUACUUCUCCUUGGUAGAAGUUGCAGAUACUCCGACAGUAAAAUGUCACUUGUUUUGACAGGCUACUGAAAACUCUGUUUAUUUUAAAUGCAGCUUUUUAACUGUCAGAUGAUGAAAGAAUGUUCUGUAGGUUUUUUUUAAACAAUCUGGGUAGAACUUUAAGGCGAGAUUUGGGCACACGUUUCUAUUUGUAUUACAAAUAAAUAAACAUUGAAUGUGGAAUUAGCUUGUAACUCUUAAUUUGUGUCUAGUGCCAAGCAGAAUAGUGCUGCUUAGACUCUAUGGUGCCGUCGGCACUGGCUCUUGUGUCUCCUUCAAGGGAAAAGCUUUAGAAAUACUGUGUCUUCUAAGCUGCAAACUUUACCCUGCUAGAAACUAGCGCCUGAAGUGAAAAAAUGUGUCUGCCGCUUGUAUCUCAGGUAGGUUGGACUACUGCACUUAAAAACCAUGACUCUUGCAAUCAAACCAGGCAAAAUGGCAAAGCCAAAUUCAGCCUUAUUGCAGCAAGUGGAUGUUACCAAACGGUUGAGGGGGUAGCAGUGUUUCUGUAAAUUGUUACCCUAAAUGUCUUCCUCCUGUGUGCUGAGGUGUAUUCACCUGAGGGCCUCAGGAAAGCUGCAGUUCUGUAUUUUGCUGAGAAUUUGCAGCGGUGAAUUUUAGCCUGGCUGUUGGAAAUGCAAAAAAAAAACCAACAUCCUGUUGAAGUUAAUUGCGAGAGCUGGGGAAUGCUUUUAGUCUUCCACUUUAGGAUUGUGUCUGUUACUGCUAAAGCUUUGAACCUGAAAUUCCAACAACCUGAGACCACAUACCAGAUGAUUAUUAUUUAGCUGGUAAAGUUGCUGGUAGCCGACUCAGUUAAAAUUAACCAGUUUAUGAAUUGAUGUGUAUGUGUUACAGAAAAAAAAAAAGUCUUCUGUUACACUGUGCUGCAUGCUUCAAUCAGAGCUCUGAGGCCUUGCUGUCCCUUUUUAUGCUUCCACACUUAUAAUUUGUGAUGUGCCUGUAGUUAAAAAUGAGAGUCAGUGGUCUUUGACUUGACUUGACUCCAUGACUUGGGAGAGUGUGGGGAAAGGGGAGAGGGCUGAACACCCGCAGCAACUCGGGCUGCUUGCUGCGUUCUGGAUUGGAAAUCAUUUCGAGUUGCUGUAUCAUUAAGACAGUAUUUCCUUGCACUGUAUUUUUAUUUCUCAGGACCUGCUUCUGCUGUGGAAUAAUCUAAGUGUUGUGUUCUUGUGAAAUACCUGUAUAAAACCAUUCCUGGAACAAAUGUGCAUGCGUGAAAUAUCUGUAGAUAAUAAUAAGGUGAAGGAAGCUGCUCCUCCCACAAGUCAUCUUUUUUAAUAAGAAAAAAAUGUUACACCAAAUGAUCGUGUGGAAAAGCUGCUGCUUCUUCCCUUCCUGUAUCUUUGUCCUGAUCCUUUCCUGCUUUUGGCUCCGUUGCAGGAUAUUUGCUGAGGUUCUGCUUUGUUCAUGCUGUUCCUGGGAUGAUUUCAGUACGUGAAGACCUGAAGAGAGAGGAUGCUGUUACCCAGAAGCAGCAAUAAAACUUCCUGACAGUAGAUUGCAAAGCACUUUUUAUAAAAAGAGGGGGAAGGUCUGUGCUACAGAAGGAGCAGCUGAUGCUAAAGCCGCUCCGCUCUCAGGUGUGGUCCCUGGUCUUUGUCCUGUUUCCUGAGAAAGACAUCGUGUUUCUGCUUGUCUUCAGCCCAGGAAGAUGGUGUCAUGGACAUGGUGUUCUGCUGCCUUCGCUAUGGCAGUAAAAGCUCUUGGCCAAAGGAUAGGAGGGCGGGGGCGGGAAAAAAAAAAAAAGUGGGUGCCUGUUCCUGCAUGCCUGUGGAUGCAGCAAAGUCCGUCACGGCGCUCGCUGUGCUGGGACCUUCCCUCUCCUUAGUCUGGAAAUUCAUUUUUCAAGCAUUAAAAGCUCAAGGAGUGC